GACCCCGCCCCUCACCUGACGCCAUCUUCUGACCGCGCGAGAGAAAAUGGCGGCCGGCGGACAUCUUCCUCCACCCGGAGAGCGAGGAGCGGGCGCGGCCCAGUGACGUCAUCGGCUGCCGCCGGUCCGUGAGCUGCGAGGAGGAGGAAAUGAUAGAAGAGGUGAGGACGGCGGGGACCCCCGGAGCCCUCCUGAUCACAGACUCCGCCUUCUUCAGUGGCCGAAAACUUCUCCUCAGCCUGAUUGUCUCCUCAGUACAGAGAGGAGAAAACGUUCAUAUCUUCAGCUUUGAGUUUCCUGCAGAGGAAUUUCUGGUGGGAGUUCCGGAGGGCGUUGUAUCCAGGAUCACCCUCCAUGAUGGUUUCUCGGACCCCCUGCGCUGGAGAAGCGGAACGCAGUCUCUGACGCCUCGUGACUUCAAUGCCAAGACCAUCAGAGAGCGGGUCAGCCAGACCCCCUCCCCCGUCACCAUCGUCCUGGAUUCCCUCAGCUGGAUCCUGUCCCGAUGUCCUCUCCCGUCCGUCUGUCACACCCUGCGAGAGUUAUCCCGCCCACCCAUCAACGGAGGGUCACAUGACCUGCGAAUCCUGACAUUGCUGCACGAGGAUGUACAUGACCCGGGGGCGGUGCGAUCGCUGUGUGCGCUCUGCGACUCCGUCCUCCAUGUGACCGGGGGAGGGGACCAAAUCGGGGUCACCGUCACCCAGCGCAAGAGAUCUGGGAAGGUUGUCACCAGCAAGGAAGUCUUCAGAGUCCUGGAGGACUUCUCCAUAGAGAUCACUACAGACGCUGAAUCCCAACCCCCGAGCAGAACGGAGGUGGAUCCGGCGGUGAGUCUGACGUUUAAUCUUCACCUUUCUGAGAGUGAUAGAGAAAGGAGAGAAUCUGCCACCCUCCCAUACACCUUCAGUGACACCAAGAAGUCAUCUCUUCUGCAAAGUUCCAGCAGCUCCGCCAAAAUCUUCUACGAUCCUGACCCCGGCGAUGACCUGGAUGAGGAGGAUCCGGAUGAUGACCUGGAUGUGUGAUCCCGACCCCGGCGACGACCUGGGUGUGUGAUCCCGACCCCGGCAAUGACCUGGGUGUGUGAUCCCGACCCUGGCGAUGACCUGGAUGAGGAGGAUCCGGAUGACGACCUGGGUGUGUGAUCCCGACCCCGUCGAUGACCUGGAUGUGUAAUCCCGACCCCGGCGAUGACCUGGAUGUGUGAUCCCGACCCCCGCGAUGACCUGGAUAUGUGAUCCCGACCCCGGCGAUGACCUGGAUGUGUGUGUAUAUAUUGUGUAAAUAAAAUGGUUCAAAAUUGUCA